AUGUGUUCAUCUCUUAAUUUUCCUCACCCAACUACUACAGCUGAUGAUCUCGAGGACCUUUACAAAGUCUAUGGGGUUGACCGUUCCGUCGUCCUUGAGUUGGCUAGUACGCAUGAGACUCCUGAAACCGAAACGAUACUCGAGGUCCUGGCGGAGGUUGGGUUAUCGCUUACUCAGCUUCUCCCGAAGUUUCUCAGGCAUCUUGUCGCCUUUUUGGUUAAGGCUAGGGAAGAGGGUCUUGCUUUUGGUCUUAGAGAGUUUCGCCAGUUCGUUCGGGUGAAGCGGAACAAUCAGACCCCUGGGACUUUCCUCGUAUCUCCGCGUCCUGGUCGCCACUUCAUAGAGGAUGUCCCUUAUCGUGACGUGAAGUGGCGCGAGCAAUUCUUUGUUUUCCGGUUGGAUCGAGCAUCCAUGGGUGACUUUGAUUUCUCCCGGCUCUCCCGGCGUUUGGCUGAGAAUAUCACUUCUUCUGGAAGUUCUCCAAUGUCGGAUGAGAUCCGCGGUCUGAUGAGGGUCCUUAGGAGAGGUCGUUCGAAUUGGUCCACUUUUGACCGAACUCGGAUCCAGACUGUUUUUGCCUUGCCAGUGAGAACUGGCAAAGCUCCUUUAAUUGUGAUGUCUGAAGAUGAGGCCGGGCAUUCCCGAGAGGUCGCGGGGACUCCUUCAGCCCAUGCCCAGUCUUCGGAUCGGUUAAAUAGACAGUUUGUGAGGAGAUCGUCGUUCCGAACUUCCGGGUCUGCCUCGAAAGGUGUUUCAGAAGAGAAUCGACCCCCCAUUUCGUUGAGUCCUGGCUCGGAUGACGAGACCGUGGUGGUGACUCGUAAGCGACGUCGAUCAUCGCCUGGUCCAUCUCGUCCUAGGUUUGUUCCCAAGGGAGAUGGUUCUUCGUUUGCGGCUCAAAGCGAUCUAAUUUCCUUCGCUGGUCGUAUGAUGUCCGUGGGUUGCCGUCUCCCUUCUCUUGCUUCAUCAGUCGAGAGGGAAGCAUAUGCCAAGGUUGUUGUGGUGAGCUCUAAGGUGAUGGAGGCUUUCAAUGAAUAUGUCGUGACGAUGGAAGAUCAUGUCGCGGCUUCCCAGAAUGAUAAAGAAAUCGAAAGCAUUGGUUCUGAGAUCGAGAGGCUUUCGAAGGAGCUUGAAGCCACCAAGCGAGAAGGGAAGGAGGAUGCUGAAAGGAUCGAAAAGCUUUAA